AUGCUUAGUUCAAAUUCAACUCUGAUGAUGAAAAGAAUUAAAUUCAAAAAUAUCCGCUGUUUUAAUUCAAUUACAAAUAAAAAUAAUGCAUCCACUCUAAGAGAUUCAAAAUUUAACCAUACUCAUAACCAGGACCAAUCAAAAGAUUUUACAAAUUUAGGUUCAAAACCAAAAUCAAUCUUCGAUGAAUCAAAUAAUUAUUUACAAAAUGAAAAGAAUAAAAAAAGUUCAUCACCAAAUCUAUUGGUAAAUGGCCCAAUCGAAUGUAAUUUAACGGGAAUAAAUUUAUUAAACUCGCCAUUAUUUAAUAAAGGUACUGCUUUUACUGAAGAAGAAAGAGAAAAAUUCGAGAUUUCUGGUUUAUUACCACCUCAAGUUAAUACUUUAGAUGAUCAAUUGGAUAGAACGUAUAAACAAUUACAAAAAUUAAGUUCACCAAUUGAAAAAAAUGAUUUCAUGACAACUUUAAGAACUGAAAAUUCUGUUCUUUAUUAUGCAAUGAUUAAAAAACAUGUAAGAGAAUUAAUACCAAUUGUUUAUACACCUACUGAAGGUGACGCUAUAUCAUCUUAUUCUCAUAGAUUAAGAAAAUCUGAAGGUUUAUUCCUAGAUAUCACUGAUCCUGACAGCAUUGAUAAAAGAUUAGCUAAUUACGGUAAUGCUGAGGAUUUAGAUUAUAUCGUUGUUUCUGAUUCUGAAGGUAUCUUAGGUAUCGGUGACCAAGGUGUUGGUGGUGUUCGUAUUGCAAUUUCAAAAUUAGCUUUAAUGACUUUAUGUGGUGGUGUUCAUCCUGGAAGAGUGUUGCCUAUUUGCUUAGAUGUAGGUACAAAUAAUAAAGAAUUAGCCCGUGAUGAACUAUAUACUGGUAACAGAUUCUCAAGAGUUAGAGGUAAAGAGUAUGAUAAUUUUGUAGAUAAAUUUAUUAGAGCUGUAAAAAAAAGAUUCCCGAAGGCAAUUUUACAUUUUGAAGACUUUGGUGUCACUAAUGCUAGAAGAUUAUUAGAACGUUACCGUAAUGAAUUACCAUGCUUUAAUGAUGACAUUCAAGGAACUGGCGCUGUCGUAAUGGCGUCAUUAUCUGCCGCACUGAAACAUACAAAAAGAGAUUUAAAAGAUGCAAAGAUUAUUAUCUAUGGUGCAGGUUCUGCCGGUGUAGGGAUUGCUGAUCAAAUUGUAAACCAUAUGUGUACACAUGGGUUAUCCAUUGAUGAAGCCAGAUCAAAAAUCUAUCUAAUUAAUAGAAACGGCUUAAUAUUGAAAUCCCAUUAUGAUUCACUAUAUGAAGCUCAACGUAAAUUUGUUAAAUUAGAUGAAGACUGGGAAGGUGUCGAUACCAAACAAUUAUUAAAUAUUGUGAAUAAAGUUAAACCAACCUGUUUAAUCGGCUGUUCUACACAAGCAGGUGCAUUUAGCGAACAGAUUGUUAAAGAAAUGCACAAAUAUAAUAGUAGACCAAUUAUUUUCCCAUUGUCAAACCCAACCAGACUCCAUGAAGCUGUUCCAGAAGAUCUAAUGAAAUGGACAAAUAAUGAUGCGUUAGUUGCUACUGGUUCACCAUUCAAACCAGUAAAUGGCUACCGUAUCUCUGAAAAUAACAAUUGUUUCUCAUUUCCAGGUAUUGGUUUAGGUUCAAUGUUGGCUCGCGCAACUGUUAUAUCUGAUACCAUGAUCUCAGCAGCAGUUGAUGAAUUAGCGUCUUUAUCUCCAUUGGAAGAAAAUGAUUCUAAGCCAGGUCUACUACCACCAUUGGAAAGCAUAACAGAAACAUCAGCCAGAGUUGCCACUGCUGUCCUACUACAAUCAAUAAAAGAAGGCUCUGCUCGUAUCGAACUUGAAGGUACUGAAAUACCUAGAGAUUUUGAUGACUGUUUAGAAUGGGUUAAAUCUCAAAUGUGGAAACCAGUCUACAGAGAUAUGGUCAGAGUAUAG